CCCCGCCCCACCCUCGUGACCCCGCCCCUCCCUUUCGUAGUCUCGCUCUGGGUUUUGCUGUCGAACUGUGGGUGCGGGCUGUAGCGGGAGUGGAGUCGGUGACGAACGGAAGAUACAGAAAAUUCUUGGAAUACAAUGCACAGAAUAUAGUAUCCAUCAUAUGGAAGGAAAUCCCAUUCUUUUGUGUUGACUGCAAGCAGGAUGCCUCCCGUAGGUGUUCUAGUGACCCACCCACCCCCUGCCCUGCUCCUGCUUUGGGGGAAGAAAGGGUGUUGGUGAACUGAGAAGAGAUGUUUGAAUGAGUCUGAUUUCCAACCUGUGCAGUUACAUAUUUGCAUGUAAUUCAGUUUGAAACUUUAACAGAUUGAGCUGAUAAGGAGAAAACAUUGUCCUUUUUAUUGAACACUGGUCAAUUUCUGUGGAAAUCCUGUGGAGAUUCCCAAGAAGCUGGUGCAGUUAUACUAUUCAACAACUUUCUCGUCGUUUACCACUGGACUGAGCUGCCUUGAGCAAUGUGGCUGGAACCUUCAUUCAUUGCAGAGUGGACUAUUCACCAGAGAUGAGCUGCUCAGCUGUGAUGCCCAUGAGUGGAAGGUGCCUGUGGAAUUAUGUGCCAAAUGUAAGCUAACAGCCAAAGAGGGAAGAAAAAUAAAAUUGGGUGAGCAAAGGUAUGAAAAAUGAGUGUGGGACGCAAAAGGACAAAGCUGGUGGGGAUUUUGAUGAUGGUAAACUUCUUCAUUUAUAUAGUUAUAGAGAUUUCACGCAGUGGCCACCAAGAAAGAAACUCCAGCAAAAAGGUCAUCAUUUCUAACAGUGUCUUUUGGAAGCCAUUGGUGCAUAUUAAGCCGUACUGGAAUCGAGAACAACACAAACUGGAUGAGUUAUACAACCCUGUUACUGCUGCUCUCUAUAACCGAACUGUGAUGGACAACAUAAACAUGACAACAAUGUACACAUGUGAACCUAACUUUCGGUUAAAGGAUGAGAUCAGUAAUUUUGAUUCUUUGCCGGAUCGUUUCAAGGAUUUUCUAACCUACCUGCGAUGUAGGAGCUAUCCAUUAAUAAUUGACCAACCAGCUAAAUGCCAGAAUAACCCUGUACUGCUGUUGGCUAUAAAGUCACUGGAAUCACACUUUGAUAGAAGGCAGGCCAUACGUCAGUCAUGGGGUAAAGAAGAAAUUAUAGGGAAUAAGACAGUGGCUAGGAUCUUUUUACUGGGAAAGUCGUCUCCGGCAGAUGAUUUUCCUAACCUCUCAGAUAUGCUAAAGUUUGAGAGUAAACAACACAAAGAUAUUCUUUUGUGGGAUUACAGGGACACAUUCUUUAAUCUAACUCUGAAAGAAGUGUUAUUUCUGGAAUGGGUAAGCAAAUCAUGCUCUGAUAUUCAAUACAUUUUUAAAGGAGAUGAUGAUGUCUUUGUGAACACUGUACAGAUUCUGGAAUACUUGAACACUCUGGACAAAGACAAAGACAAAGCCAAAGAUCUGUUUGUUGGUGAUGUUAUUACAAAUGCAGGGCCUCAUCGAGAGAAAAAACUAAAAUACUAUGUUCCAGAGAGUAUAUACGAGGGGGUGUAUCCUCCUUAUGCUGGUGGGGGUGGGUUUCUGUACUCUGGAUACUUGGCAAAGAGACUUUAUAAUGUGUCACAUAAAGUAACACUCUAUCCAAUUGAUGAUGUGUAUACUGGAAUGUGCCUUAAAAAACUUGGCCUUGCUCCAGAAAAGCACAAAGGUUUCAGGACUUUUGAUAUAAUGCAGAAAGACCGACAUGUUACCUGUGCAUAUAAAAACUUAAUAUUAGUCCACAGCAGAAAUCCUCAAGAAAUGAUAAGAAUUUGGAGCAGGCUGCAGGAUCCCGAGUUGAAAUGUUAACCUAAAAUACUGGAGGAGGAAAAUGGUUGAGAGUUGAGGCCUAUUUCUAAUGGUUAUAAAAGGUUAUCUUAUUUGCACACAUAUUGAUGUUACAAUGCUAAUAAGCUGUGAGAAAGUGUAUGUCAGAGCCUACCCCCAGUAACAGAUCUGGGAGAAGCCUAAUGGGUCCAAAGGAUUCUAGAAAUCCCUAGGUGGUGUCAAUUCUGUUGGUCAGAUUUUCUUAUUCAUCCUACUGAACAUACAGAAAUGUCUUGGACUCUGCAGUUUGCACUGUCUCAAAUGUAACUAUCUUCCAAAAAGGAUACUUUCCAUUCUCCAUCAAAGGAAAUCCUGGGAGAUGAUUAUGGAUCCAAUUAAAAUGAGCUCUGGUAAUCAUGACAACAGGGGAGAUCAGUCAGUAUAUCGUAGGGCAAUAAAAUGUAUUUUAUAUACAUCGGAGAUUACUGAAUGUUACCCUGCACAGUUUUAGCAGGGAGUGUGAUGCUGUCUCGUCAAAUCAUGUGUACACUGAUAAUUUUAGAGGUUCACUAUCAAUCAUUUGAUUACAUUGUACUGUACAUCAUGAAGGGCAAUAUUUCAUGUCUUCAAAGAAGAAUGUAAGUAGAUUUUGUUUGAUAAAUCUAAUUUGUGAAUGCAAAGUUGAUGCUAUUUAAAUUUUAGAAUGGGAGACAUAAAAAAUCCAGAGAUUAUAUUAAAAUUCUGGGCACACAGCAGAUUAUUUCCAAUCUAUUGAAGAUUGCUGAACAUUUUCCAAUAUAUGUAAGCAUGUGUGCUUCCUGUGGUUUAUGUGAAAGAAUGUCUGCUGUUUUAUUUAUUCCAAUCAAAAGACCAAAUUGUUUUUAAAAUAGAAACUAUAAACAAUGUCAAUUUGUCUGUAAAGCCUCAAGUGCGAUUUGUCUGUGAAUAAAUUUGGUUAAUAUCAUCCUUGGCAAUGGUUGAAAAUGUAACAAUUCUCCAGCAUGUGUUUUUUUUAAACUGCAAAGGAGGAAGCUCUAACUGUACAGAAUGUGAUGAUUAUUUAAUGGCUGCAUGUUUAUCAAUAAAACCAAUUUAUAACUUA